AUGUCUUCACCCUACUGCGACAACGAUGUUACUCUUCCGCACGCCGGACUUCUCUCAUACUUCCGCCAGCCUCAUGAGACCCACGACUGUGAUAAGAGCGCACAAUCGGCACGGAGUACAUCUCCGUCUUUGAACGACAUCAAGUACAGAGUGUUUGACGAGGAGGCACAGUGCGACUUCUGGGACCUGGACAGCACCACAGAUACCGACUGCGAAAUCCUAUCACAGCCAGCACGUCACCGCUACAAUGGCAUCUUCCACACCUUGUACGACUUCUGGAGCUUCGUUUGUGUUGUCACCCUGGCAGCAUGCGCGGUAUUGCUGGGACUCGACCUUGCGCUCGGGCAGUUUGGGAUGGGACUGGCCUUGACGGACUGCAUCAUGGGAAGACAUCUGCCGCCGCCUCCAAUGGCUCACGAGUUGCACUUCUGUCUCGCGUCAUCAAACCGCGAAGCACCUGGCCCACAGACUUGGCGCCUCAUGUCGAUGAGACCACACGACGACUGCACGACCGAGGUGAUCACGCUACUUGUCAGUCCUUCUGAGGGGUGGAAGCUGCACUCGGAUGACGAGAUCGUUUUCUGCGACGAGCGUCGGGGCUCGAUACAGGUUAGCAAGUUUCUCGGCAAUGGCAAUGUGCUCCCUCGUGGUAACUUGGGCGAUAAUGUCGCUGGAGAAGGAGUACUGAGUCAGUCUGGUAAAGAGACAUUCGAAGGGGGUUUGGUAAUUGUUUGA